UCCGGAAGGAAGCCCAGCGGCUGACCAUGGCGACCGCCGCGGAGCAGUGGGUGCUGGUGGAGAUGGUCCAGGCGCUCUACGAGGCUCCAGCUUACCAUCUUAUUUUGGAAGGAAUUCUAAUUCUCUGGAUAAUCAGACUUCUGUUCUCUAAAACUUACAAGCUGCAAGAACGAUCUGAUCUCACAGUCAAGGAAAAGGAAGAACUGAUUGAGGAGUGGCAGCCAGAGCCUCUCGUUCCUCCUGUCCCAAGCGACCACCCCGCCCUCAACUACAACAUCGUCUCAGGCCCUCCGAGCCACAACAUUGUGGUGAACGGGAAAAAAUGUGUCAACUUCGCCUCGUUUAACUUUCUUGGACUACUGGACAACCCUCGGGUCAAGGCAGCGGCUCUGGCGUCUCUGAGGAAGUACGGCGUGGGGACCUGCGGGCCGAGAGGGUUUUAUGGCACGUUCGAUGUGCACUUGGACCUCGAGGACCGCCUGGCAAAGUUCAUGCAGACGGAAGAAGCCAUUAUCUACUCGUACGGGUUCGCCACCAUCGCCAGCGCCAUCCCCGCCUACUCCAAGAGAGGGGACAUUGUGUUCGUGGACAGAGCUGCGUGCUUUGCUAUUCAGAAAGGAUUACAGGCGUCACGUAGUGACAUUCAGUUGUUUAACCAUAACGAUGUGGCAGACCUGGAGCGACUACUAAAAGAACAAGAGAUCGAAGAUCAAAAGAACCCUCGCAAGGCCCGGGUCACACGGCGAUUCAUCGUAGUGGAAGGGCUGUACAUGAACACAGGAACGAUUUGUCCUCUCCCAGAGCUGGUGAAGUUGAAGUACAAAUACAAAGCAAGGAUCUUCCUGGAGGAAAGCCUCUCGUUCGGAGUCCUGGGGGAGCAUGGUCGAGGAGUCACCGAGCAUUUCGGAAUCAGCAUUGAUGACAUUGACCUUAUCAGUGCCAACAUGGAGAACUCCCUUGCUUCUAUCGGAGGUUUCUGCUGUGGCAGAUCUUUUGUGAUUGACCAUCAGCGACUCUCGGGCCAGGGGUACUGCUUUUCGGCCUCGCUGCCCCCAUUGCUGGCCGCCGCCGCGAUCGAGGCUCUCAACAUCAUGGAGGAGAACCCAGCUAUUUUUUCACUGUUGAAGGAGAAGUGCAAACGAAUUCAUAAAGCGUUACAGGGCAUUUCGGGGCUGAAAGUGGUGGGGGAGCCCCUCUCCCCCGCGGUCCACCUGCAGCUGCAAGAGAGCUCCGGGUCCCGGGAAGGCGACGUGAAGCUGCUUCAGGAGAUCGUGAACCACUGCGUGGACCGCGGCAUCGCGUUAACCCAGGCCCGCUACCUGGAGAAGGAGGAGAGGUGGCUCCCUCCCCCAAGCAUCAGGGUCGUCGUCACCGUGGAGCAAACAGACGAAGAGCUGGAGAGGGCCGCCCGCACAAUCCAGGAGGCGGCCCAGGCCGUGCUGCUGUAGGGGCCCCGGGGCCAGCAGACAGCCGUGGGCCACGCCGCUCUCGUGGGCCUCCGCCUCGCCGCCCAGGGACCUGGGAGAGGCCCGCAGGUACCUGGCGGGGUGGCCACCGACCGUGUGGGUGUGGCCUCAGCGGAUAGCCCCGAGAAGGAUGCUGUUAUUGAAACACACACACACACACACACACACACACACACACACAAAAUCUAAAAGCCCAGGAACUGAUUUUUUUAAGAAGAAAACUAAUGAUAGCAAAUAGCUGGUAUUUAAAUUGUGCGGUUUAGUACUAUUUAAAUGUUUUAUUAUACUAGUGUUUUAUAUUCUUUUGUUGUUGCCGUUUAAAAAUGGAGCUUCAGGUUGUCUUUUCUCCCUAUAAUAGUAGUUGUGCGAGCACUCCUCACGUGUCUAGGGGCGUGCCUCUGCAGCGUCAAGGUCAGGGAGUGCCUCACUGUCUGGGACACAGACCGCGUUUGCGAGGACCUGAUUCAGCCCCGUCUCACUCGGUCUGCGUCCUGUGACGCUCGGUGGCGGCUAAUACACAAGGAACCGCUUUUUGUGCAAUUAUGAUAACUUUUCAUCCUAUUUGAAUCCUAAAGUUUUUAUAUACACUAAAUAUUGACGUUACUCCAUUUCUAACAGCUGAUCUUGGCGUCCCUAACUGGAGAACAAAUAGUCAUUAUAUUUCCUAAGUGAACAAUAGUUUAAAUCAAAUACUAUUUUAUCUUAAUAUAAUUGACCUUCACAUUUAUUAUGCGUUGACUUCUAAUCUGCUUGAGGAGGAGGGUUACUGUGAUGAUCCCAGAGUAGAAAUCACGUCCUGGAUACUUUAGAAUAUCUUGAAUGUAUUCCUGUUUUGUAGAGUGGGUUUGCCUAAGGACAUAUAAUUACAGUCUUUUCUAAGCUAGGGAAAAUUAUUUUUUUUUUCAGCUUAUGAAUUCCACAUAUCUAAAAAUGUGAAUACAUUAAAAAUAAAGUUUUUAAGCUGUACUUUAGCUAUCUGUGUUUUCUCGUGCUCUGUGCUGCAGGCAGUGUGUGAGUAUUACACCAUUGUUUCUUCUCAUAGUGAAGGUAAAGGAAUAAAGUUGUUAAAAGGAAAAGUAAUAAUACCAUUUUAUAAUCUGUUCGUAUUAAAGGGUCUUCAGCGUCUUUUUAAAUAACGUAUUUUUUAAUGUUCAGUUUCUGUUUCGCUUGAGGUAUCUUGUACACAUGUGUCUGUGAUCGCUGCUGCUUAAAGGACACGGUGCUCUCUUUGCGGGAUGAUCUUUUCAUUAAUUUUUUAAUGAAAUAAACCUACGUUCUUGAUAAUCA